UGUAGCAAAAUGGAGUACAAUAGAGGUUGAGGCCUGAGGCCGGGGCCCUCAGACGUUGGCUAGCUCCUCAAACGUUACACUCACUCACGAGCACAACGUAUGUACCUUCCUGUAAUGCUUAUUAUAUAUCUAUCUUCUUCUCCGAUCCCCCAUGGCCUUCUUCUUCUCUGCCACAAAUUAACUUCCCUGGCCUCUGAUCUUCAUUUCAAUGGCUUCUGCUUCUUCUCCUCCCACUUGGGGGGAUAAUGAGAAAUUAGACCUAAAAUCUGUGCGCCUAUUUGUCACUUUCAUCAAUCACCAUAUGCAUGCAUUACUCACGGAUAACAAGACAUGGAAAGUUUUCAAGUCCAGAUGCACUUCCAAGCUUCAAAUCCCCCCCGAUGGAGGAGGAGAUGAGGAGGAGCAUUCAGUCCUCUCCAAUCUCUACUGGGGUUUACACACUAUUGAAGCAGCCAAUAAAGCUAAAUGGGCAGAAGAAAAAAUUUCCAUGCUUCAUGCUUCUGAGAAGAUGCUCCAAAUCCCUGCCGCCCUAGAUGAGCAUGGAGUCACAGCAGGAAUCCCAAACCAUCAACUGCUUGCCUGCUCAUACUUUUAUCUCUCCCUACUGUGGAAGCUCCAGGAGGAUGAGUGGCAGGUAGCAAUCCAUUUUCUUCAGGCUCUCACUCUCUCCCCAACCCUAAUCCAUACGGAUUUGGCUCCCCAACUUUGCAAAACCUUGUGUCGUCUCUCCAUACACAAAGAUCAGUUACACGAUGUGGCGGCAAUCGCAAACAUGGCAAAGAGAUACAAGUCCUGGUUAAUGUACUACCAAAUAAUAGAUUUCAGAGAGACUCCUCAGAAGCCAAGACAGGCCACGGCCACACAAACAACCUUGCCUCCCCAUGAAUCCCUAGAAUCAGUGCAGUUUGAGAAGGUGCAUCCACCAGAGGAUAUGGUUGACAAGGCAGAGGCCUUGAACAACUUAUUCCAAAAUCACGUACAAGCUAUUAAACAAUCCAGAACACAAUAUUCUGAAGAAACUAUUACAACAUCAAGUAUCAGAUGUCUCAAAGAUAUCUUAAUGGAAUCCCAGUCAGAUUCACCCAUUUCACCAGAUUUAAGUGACAGCAGUGACACUGAAGAAUGUUUUCCAAAGGAAAACGCAGCUGUUUGCUCCUUAUCCAUGCCUAGCAUAGUCUCUAAGUCUCAAGCUUAUAGACACUGGACAUAUGGAGAGAGAGCAGAAAAUAAAACCAGUGAUUUCUAUUCCAAAAGAUUCUCCAGCUCAUUUCCCAGUAAGAAGUUAUCAGCAUUAGGAAUCAGAAGCAUCAAAGCACAACAUGUUUUUGGCAGAAACAAAGAAGCAGCAAGGCAAGGGGAGCUACAAAUAGACGACGAUCAUGAAUUUUAUGGCUAUACAGGGGGUUCUAUGUCUAUGCGUGAUUCUCAUUUCUACCAGGUAAAGUGCCAGCGGAGUUCUUCAGUGAGGAAGAAAGGAGAAAGUCACCACAAGAUCACAAAGGAAGGACAUACCCAUAUAGAGCAAGUUGGAAUACUUGAGAAAAUAAUUUCAAAGUUAUGUUUUAUGGAGGAACUAAGAAAUUGUCAGGAAGAUCAUGCAGCUGACCUCACAAAAAUAUAUGAAACUCUGAAUGAUAAAGCAGGAAUGAAGUACUCUCUACUGAAGGACAUCAUUCUAGAUCAAUUACUAAGGGCUAUAUCAACAUCCAAAGAAGAGCAGGUGAUAAGAGAAACAGUAUCCACACUAUCAAUUAUCAUUUCAAAGAACCGAUCAGUUAUUGAAGACAUCAAGAGAAAGGGAUUGCAGUUAAAUCAUUUGGCAACUGCUCUUAAAAGAAAUGUUCAUGAAGCAGCCAUAUUGAUAUAUUUAAUAAAUCCAAGUCCUGCAGAAAUCCAGAUGUUAGAAAUUUUACCAUGUCUCUUGGAUGUUAUAUGCACUUCAAACAGCUACAAGGGUAUGCUAACAUCACUUCUGCUGACACCUCCUGCAGCAUCAUUAAUGAUUAUUGAAGUACUAGUAACUGCACAUGAUUAUACAACAAAUAAUCUGCACUUAUCUGCGAUCAGCUCUCCAAGAGUACUCUCAGGACUCCUUGAUGCUCCAAGAAACAAUAAUCUUGAAGAGAUUAUUGCUUUGGCUUCAGUUCUUGUUAGAUGCAUGCAAUUUGAUGGGAAAUGCAGAAAACAUAUAUCACAUCUUUCCCCUCCAGUGGCUCCAUUUAUCACUCUGUUGAGCAGCAACAGCAAGCGUGCAACAUCAAUUGCACUAGAGUAUUUUCACGAACUGCUUUGCAUACCACGGUCUUCAGCUGUUAAUGUAUUGCACCAGAUACAAAAGGAAGGAAGCAUCAAUAACAUGUGUGUCUUAUCACUCCUUCAGAAUUCACAACCAGAGCACAAGCCUUUGGCAGCAAGUCUGUUGCUUCAAUUAAGCACGCUAGAGGAGAUAUCCAACAAACUCAUAAACAGUGAAAAGGCUAUAGAAGCCUUUCUAGAGUCAUUGAUGCAUGAAGAAAAUUCUGCUGCUCAGAAGCUGUCAGCAUUCAUUCUAUCAAAUCUUGGUGGAACUUAUUCAUGGAUGGGGGAACCAUAUACCAUACCAUGGUUAGUAAAGAAGGCAGGUUUGACCUCUAUGUAUCACCGCAACAUGAUAAAAAAAUUUGACUUCUCAGAUGAAAGUUUGCAGGAUGUUGGCAUUGAUGCAUGGUGUGGCAAACUUGCAAGGUGCAUUUUGAAGUUUGGGGUUCCUGUUUUCCAUGCUCUAGAGAAGGGACUUAAGAGCAAGUCAAAGAGCAUUUCUCGAGACUGUCUAGUCAUUGCCACCUGGCUUGGUUCUGAGGUUACAAAAGGUACAGAUGAUUUGAGAUAUGCAGCAUGUGAAAUCUUACUAAGUACAAUUGAGCAAUAUGUGCACCCUGGACUGGAACUUGAAGAAAGACUAUUAGCUUGUCUAUGCAUAUACUAUUACACUUCUGGUAGAGGGAUGAAGAAACUAGUCAACUUUUCUGAAGGUGUUCGAGAGUCGCUAAGGCGCCUUUCCAACAUUACUUGGAUGGCAGAAGAACUACUGAAAGUAGCUGAUUAUAUCCAGCCAAAUAAGUGGCGAAUAUCAUGCGUUCACACUCAGAUUCUUGAAGUGUGUCAGAGUCAAAGUGGAGCCGUGACUGCCCUCAUCUACUAUAAAGGGCAUCUCUUCAGUGGACAUGCAGAUGGUUCAAUUAAGGUUUGGGACAUCAAGGGACAAACAGCCUCACUUGUACAGGUUAUGAAGGAGCACAAAAGGGCAGUCACAUGCUUUUCACUCUUUGAGCCUGGGAAUUGCCUUCUAAGUGGAUCCUCUGACAAAAGAAUAAAGGUUUGGCAAAUGGUCCAAGUGAAUAUUGAAUGUAUUGAGACAAUAGUAACAAAGGAUUCAAUUCGCCGUAUCAGCACUCACGGGGAUGUGAUUUUUAUUAUAACCCAUAGCAACAAAUUGAAGCUGUUUGAUGUUUCGAGAAAAUUCAGAAGAGUCUUCAAGAAUAAAUCAGUGAGUUUUGCAACAGCAGCACAGGGAAAGCUCUAUGUAGGAUGCACGGAUUCAAGCAUACAGGAGUUAGCUAUAACAACCAGCAGACAGCAAGAAAUCAAAGCACCAUCAAAUAGAUGGAGGUGGAGAAACAAGACUGUGAAUUCAAUUUUUGUGUACAAGGACUGGCUGUACUGUGCAAUUGCAAAUGUUGAAGGUUCACAUAUUAAGGAAUGGAAAAGAAAUAACAAGCCACAGUUAUCAGUAAUGCCAGAAAAGGGCGCAAAUGUAUCGGCAAUGGAAAUAGUGGAGGAUUUCAUAUACUUCGUAUCCAGUGCAUCAAAAAGCAGCCUUCAGAUUUGGCUGAGAGGAACUCAGCAUAAGGUUGGGAGGUUAUCAGCAGGUAGUAAAAUAACAAGCCUGCUCUCAGCAAAUGACAUGAUUCUGUGUGGCACGGAAACUGGAAUGAUAAAGGGUUGGAUUCCCCUCUAGAAGGAUCACAGACACAACAAGGAUCCAAGUCAGCUACAUAUACUGCUAGCAUAGAUUUAUUCAUUUUCAUAAUGUACAGAUCAAAUGAAUUAUCUAAGUCUUAAAGGAAGAGAAUAAGAGAAUUACCUUAAGGUGGCUGCAAAUGGCUUGGUCAUUCUCAA